CUGUUGCGCGAGAGUGAUGCGGAUAGUCGCUGUCACGACGUCGUAGAUCUUAUACAUAUUAAGUAGAUCGGUUUUUUUAAUAUAAAUAAAUAUAUUAUUAAACUUAACCAUUUUAAUGAAGUUUCCCGAGUGUUGUGUGCUGGCUGGUCACUACAAAAGAUAAACGUAAAUUAAGAAGAUGAGUUACACUGCUGAGAAUGUCGUGCAAUCAAGCACAUGGUCUGCCACCACCCUGUUUUAUGCUCUUUUGCUGCCAGCUAUGAUUUUAUGGUAUACUUACUGGAGGAUGUCUAGAAGAAGGUUUUAUGAAUUAGCUGCAAAGUUAGAUGGACCUCCAGGACUACCGCUAUUGGGGAACGCAUUAGAAUUUACCGGGGGAUCGGCAGAUAUUUUUCGAAAUCUUGUUACGAAGAGUUACAACUUUGACGAUUCUGGAAUAGUAAAGAUAUGGAUUGGCCCAAGACUAAUUAUAUUCAUAUAUGACCCUCGUGAUGUGGAAGUGAUCUUGAGUAGCCAUGUCCACAUUGAUAAAGCCGAUGAUUAUAAAUUUUUCAAACCUUGGCUUGGAAAUGGCUUGCUAAUAAGUACAGGUCAAAAAUGGCGUUCUCAUCGUAAACUAAUCGCUCCCACUUUCCACUUAAAUGUUUUGAAGAGUUUCAUCGAUUUAUUCAAUGCUAAUUCUAAAGCUGUAGUGGAAAAACUGAAGAAGGAGACCAGUAACUUUGAUUGUCACGAUUACAUGAGUGAAUGCACAGUAGAAAUCUUACUAGAAACUGCGAUGGGAGUUAGUAAGAAUACUCAAGGUGAAAGCGGGUUUGAAUAUGCUAUGGCCGUGAUGAAAAUGUGCGACAUCCUACACUUGAGACAUACCAAGAUUUGGCUAAGACCAGAGUUCCUGUUCAACUUCACCCAAUAUGCCAAAAAUCAGGAGAAACUUUUGGGUGUUAUUCAUGGCCUAACGAAAAAGGUCAUUAAGAAGAGGAAAGAAGAAUAUAAAUCUGGAAAGAAAUCUUCCCUAAUGAAUGAAAUAAAUGCCACUACGAACGGUGCUGACGAUACUCUGCCUAUGAAAACAACGUCGGUUGAUGGUUUAUCCUUCGGUCAAUCAUCUGGUCUUAAAGACGACUUGGAUGUUGAUGAUAAUGACGUUGGUCAAAAAAAACGUUUAGCAUUCCUGGACCUGCUGUUAGAAAGCUCACAAAAUGGGGUUGUUCUUUCUGACGAGGAAAUAAAGGAACAAGUGGAUACAAUUAUGUUUGAGGGCCACGAUACUACAGCCGCUGGCAGCAGCUUUUUCUUGUCGAUGAUGGGAAUUCACCAAGAUAUUCAAGAUAAAGUCAUAGAAGAGCUGGAUCAGAUCUUUGGAGAUUCAGAUCGCCCUGUAACCUUCCAAGAUACUUUAGAAAUGAAAUAUCUUGAAAGAUGCUUGAUGGAGACACUUCGUUUGUAUCCUCCAGUUCCAGUAAUUGGUCGUAACCUCAAACAAGAUAUUACAUUAGCAUCCUGUAAUAAAAAGAUACCUGCAGGAGCUACUGUAGUAGUCGCAACGUACAAGUUACAUCGCCGACCAGAUAUUUAUCCCAAUCCUAAUAAAUUUAAUCCGGACAACUUUUUACCUGAACGAUCUGCAGACCGUCACUACUAUGCAUUUGUACCCUUUUCGGCCGGACCUAGAAGUUGCGUGGGUCGAAAAUAUGCCAUGCUUAAGCUGAAGAUUAUUCUAGCUACUAUACUCAGAAAUUUCCGAGUUUACUCCGAUUUGAAAGAGGAAGAUUUCCAAUUACAAGCUGACAUUAUUUUGAAACGUGCUGAGGGAUUUAAAAUUAAACUCGCACCCCGCAAGAGGGCAGCCAAAGCGUUUUAAUUUAAUGAGCACUUUUUAAUGUCUCCUAUUUCUCAAAUUAAUUUUAAUCAUAAGUUUUAUUUUUGUGAUGCCAGUACUGAUUAAAAUUAGGUGUUGUUACUUAUAAUUAUAAAAGGCGGAAUAUAGUAGUCUAUUUCAGAUGGGUUAGACGGUAAAAGGAUUGCUUGACAUUUUGCUCAAAAAAGUUAUUUGUUAGUUAAAAGUACAUAGAUACUAUUACUUUUUAUGUAAUAAGAUUAAAAUAAACGUUCUUAAAUA